UGAGGGGAAGAGAUGUAGCGGCGCUCACAAGGUGCGAACUUUUAGCAGGAGCCGAUUGUCUGUUGCUUUGAUUUUGCGGCUGAUUUUUGCUGCUUUUUUAGACUUUUAUUUUUAGGACCGCGGUGUUAAACGACUGCUCAGUUACUGCGGAGAGCCGAGCGCCUGGCUCACCGUCCUGUGUUGUGUAGAAGAGGCUGUACUGAAGCCAGUUAGCAGCGAGCUAACGCUACAGCCAACCUGACAUGGAGAGAAACCCGCUGAUCUAAUCCUUUCGACGCUGACCGGAUAUCGAUCACCUGUGUUUUCUUUCUUCUACUACAUCGUCGAGACGGCUGGCUGAAAGGAAUUGAACAUAAACGGUCCUGAUCUUUCCAAUGGACGAAGAGAAGCCAGAGACGUUGGACUUUGUGAAGGACUUCCAGGAGUACCUUAGUCAGCAGACGCAACAUGUCAACAUGAUAUCAGGCUCUGUCAGCGGAGUGAAGGACACAGACGACAUCCCGGAAGGUCUUGGACAGAAUGGCCUGGAGCACCCAGCAGUGGACAUGUCCCUGGAAGAUGGCUCAGGCAUGUUGGUGGACGGCUUUGAGCGGACCUAUGAUGGGAAACUCAAGUGCCGCUAUUGUAAUUAUGCCACCAGGGGCACUGCAAGGCUUAUAGAGCACAUACGUAUUCACACAGGUGAGAAGCCCCAUCGCUGUCACCUAUGCCCUUUUGCCUCUGCUUACGAGCGCCACCUAGAGGCACACAUGCGCUCUCACACGGGCGAGAAGCCCUAUAAGUGUGAGCUGUGCUCCUUCCGCUGCAGUGACCGCAGUAACCUGUCCCACCACCGACGCCGCAGGCACAAGCUCCUGCCCAUGAAGGGUGCCCGCUCCUCUCUGUCCCACCGUAAAAUGCUCAGCGUGCUACAGAAGAGGGGCAGCUCGUUAGCCUAUGGCCGCAGACUCCUCGUCGUCAACAACCCCAUGUCCAUGGUACUGCAGAAGCCCAGCUCUGAGCAGCACCACCUUGGUGAAUUCAGUCAUGAGCUCCCGCCCCACGCCCACCUCCACCAGGAGACCUAUGACGGACUGGUGAAAGACCCGCAGACCACGGCUGGAGGAAGCUCCAGGAACGAGCAGGACCUUGUUUUGGACAACCCGCUCAACCAGCUGUCCACGCUGGCCGGCCAGCUCGCUAGCCUCCCUCCCGAAGCUCAGGGGGCUCCAGUGUCACCAGGAGCCGAGUCUCUACCGGACGAGAAACCCACAUACCUCGUGCAGCAGCCAGUGACGGCUCCGGCAGCUGUCUCGGCUAGCGUGGCCCAGGCGUCCUCCCCGAUCACCCCGGAGCCGCGGCCGGCAGCGCAUAGCGGCUGCAGCCCCGGUGUGGGCCCCUGCAGCGAGCGAACCAGCACCCCCAGCGGCACCAACAGCCAGCCAGGGACCCCCACCCCAGGCCAGGACCCCCAGCUGCUCCACCACUGCCCACAUUGCCACAUCUAUUUUCCUGAUAACAUCCUUUACACCAUCCACAUGGGCUGCCAUGGCUACGAGAACCCUUUCCAGUGCAACAUCUGUGGGCACAGGUGCAGAAACAAGUAUGACUUUGCCUGCCACUUUGCCCGAGGCCAGCACAAGACUGACUGACAGAGGUCCAGACAGCAGGACAGUACUGGCUGGGAUUUGGCUCCUACCGUGUUCCCAUUCGGCGCUACAGCAGGGAUGUCCUCUCGGUGAGAAAUGGGAACCUGCUCGGUAUUUUUGUCUUCACUUUUACAAGAAUUAAAGGACAUGCAUUUUAUUUAUUUUGCGACGAUUUUUGUGGAAACUCUUUCAGACGAGACGGUGGGGCAGCUACUGGACACCGUGCCUAUAUCUCCCUGGUGUAUUCAACAGACAUAAUCCUCUCAUAUUAUGUGAAUGCUAAUAGUAUUGAAUUGAAACUUGUGGUCCAUGAAGUGCUUUCGAGACAUAGAUUUAGGCCCAUGAAAGGAGCAGGAACGCGCACUUGAUAGUAGUUUUUGUUGAGAGUGUUGUUUGUGGGUAUUAGUGCAUUCCUUCUCAUAAAGUACUCAUGAAUUUCA